UCGGGAGAGGAGGACGUUGCGACAAAUUCUCACGAGAUGGCCGCUCUCAAGCUUCUCUCUGCUCACAGUUUUGCCUUCUGCUUCGGUGAUUGCUGAACGUCACCGAUUGCACGCAUCAUCGCGCAACAUCCGUCAUUAUUAUUUAUCGUGGGAGACACGAAUACGAGUCAUUAGCGCGAAUUACACCGAUGACGAUGACAGCGAACUCCAAGCAGGGUUCCAAACGUUCGAAAUGGGCGUUGGACUUUGCCCACAAAACGAAACAAGACAAGAGCGUGGAGAUACCGUCUCCACCAGGAUACACGCCUACAGGUGUCUUUCAUAACGUGGAGUACAUGAGAGAAUCCGAUUCCAACCAUCUGAUAAUCAAAAAGUCCUGGGACUUGGCACUGGGCCCUCUGAAGCAAGUGCCUAUGAAUCUGUUUAUCAUGUACAUGGCCGGCAAUUCCAUCUCGAUCUUUCCUAUCAUGAUGGUCUGUAUGCUCAUCAUCAGGCCGGUCAAAGCGUUGUUCACACUGCAACAGACGUUCAAAGUGAUCGAGGGGACGCACGCGUUCGGACAGAAGUUCGUGUACUUCUUAGGACAAUUGGUCAAUAUCGCGUUAGCACUAUAUAAGUGUCAGUCGAUGGGCCUGCUGCCGACACACGCGUCCGAUUGGCUGGCGUUUGUGGAGCCGCAGGCGCGAGUGGAGUAUUCCGGCGGUGGUUUCAUGUAUAUUUGAUGCGUGUAGUCGGUCGGCCGACUUCAUAAGAGGAACAUCAUAACAAGUGCACAUAAUGUGCUCGGCGAGAGUGCGAUCGUGAGUCAUAUAGCUAAGUUACAAGCUGCGCGUGAAUAAGGACAUGCGUACCACUUAAACGUCGUUUAUUAAAAUAAACAUAUGGAAAAGCAAAUGUGUCUUUUUAUACAUGGUAUAUGACUACAUAUGUACAUUACACACAUCUUGUGCACCACGCAUGCACGUCACGCGCGCACACACACCUAUUUGCGCAAGUAUAACAAUAUCUUCUUGGAACCAGAAGUAUUGCGCAUCAGUAAUGGACACAUUCAUUCUGUUCCCUGUUUUUCUCUCUUCAGUUCACCGGAAGCAGUUUUGCAGAACAAAGAAAUCAUGGCUUCUUCUUGUGUUCUUCUAGAAAUUCAAGUACUCGUUGAUACAGUUUGGAUGGUUCAUCUACACGUGGCACCUACAAGUGAUAUAUAAUUAGUCCUGCGGAAAAUGAUGAUAAUACAUUUCACGUGAAGCUUUGUACGAUUUUUAUGAUAAUUUUUAAACAGUCUUAAUUGGGGGAACAGUGCAAAUGUUGUAGUCAGGUAAUUUGAAUGUUACACCAUUUGUACAAACUUAGUGUAACUACACGCACACACCUUGAUACAUAUUAAACAAGAGAUUUAUCGAAAUAAAGCGAAUAAAUUAGGAA